AUGGGAAAUCGUGAUGAUCUUCUCUAUCGCACAAAAAUAGCCGAGCAAACUGAACGUUACGAUGAGAUGGUCACUUCUAUUCAGAAAUUAGUGAAGCUGGGCGUCGAGCUGACUCCUGAGGAAAGGAACCUGUUUUCUCUGGCUCACAAAAACCUUAUUGCACCAAAAAGAGCAGCCCUGCGUGUAGUCAAUGCAGCAACUGAGAAGGAUGAAGCAACUCACUCACCGUUUCUUGUAUACGAUAAAAUGUUCCAAAAGCAAAUUGAGACGGAAAUGCGGAAUAUUGCGCAUGCCAUAAUAGGGUUAUCUCAAAACACACUCAUUAAACCAGACACUCCAGUUGAAUCAAAGGUCUUCUACCUGAAAUUGAAAGCGGACUAUUUCCGCUACUUGGCAGAGUUCGAAGAAGGAAACGAUAAGAACGAUGCUGCUGAAUACAGCCUAGAAGCUUACAAAGAAGCAUACGAACUAGCUUGCACUGUACUGCCACCAACACAUCCAAUCCGUCUAGGCGUUGCUCUAAAUUUUGCAGUAUUUUAUUACGAAAUAAUAAAUUCAGCUGAUCGUGCCUGUAAGCUAGCAAAGCAAGCUUUCGAUGAUGCCAUCGCGGAACUGGAUAACAUUUCCGAAGAGAGCUAUAAAGAUUCAACCUUGAUAAUGCAGCUUUUGCGAGAUAAUCUGACCUUAUGGAUAACCGACAUGCAGAAA